AGGUUUGCUAUUAGAAAGAUAAUGCUGUUGGAAUUUAGCCAGUAUCUUGAAAAUUAUCUCUGGAUGAAUUAUUCUCCAGAGGUGUCCAGCAAAGCCUACUUAAUGUCGAUCUGCUGUAUGGUGAAUGAGAAGUUCAGAGAAAAUGUCCCUGCUUGGGAGACUUUCAAGAAGAAGCCAGACCACUUCCCAUUCUUUUUUAAACACAUCUUGAAAGCAGCAUUAGCUGAAACUGAUGGUGAAUUCUCACUCCAUGAACAGACAGUUCUACUGCUUUUUCUUGAUCAUUGCUUCAAUAGUUUGGAAGUAGACUUGAUACGGAGUCAAGUCCAGCAGCUUAUCUCCCUUCCAAUGUGGAUGGGCUUACAGCCUGCACGAUUGGAAUUAGAAUUAAAAAAGACGCCUAAGCUAAGAAAAUUCUGGAACUUGAUUAAAAAGAAUGAUGAAAAGAUGGAUCCAGGAGCAAGGGAACAAGCCUAUCAAGAAAGACGGUUUCUUUCACAACUCAUCCAGAAGUUUAUCUCUGUGCUGAAAUCAGUACCACUUUCUGAACCUGUCACCAUGGACAAAGUUCAUUACUGUGAAAGAUUCAUUGAACUUAUGAUUGAUCUAGAGGUGAGAACACUAUAGUGACUUUCCUGCUAUAUAAUCAUUAAGGG